UUGCUAGCCAGUUAAAACUGUCGAUCAGACUGCAAGUACAGUGUUGCAAAGUGUAUUUACACGGCUGGUUUUCUGUUUGAAGAGCUCUUGACAACAACUGCAAAACCCAAUAUUCCUUCAUUGAUAUUUUUUUCUCCUUUUGUUGUCACAGAGCAAAUCAAAACUGAAGUUGCUUUAGUGAAGCCCCGUUCCCCUCCCCAUCCCCUUCUAUUAUUCUUAUUCUUUCGAGGAUUCUUCAUUGUCAAGCCGCCAAAGUGGAGAGUGCGAUUGCAGAAGGGGGUGCUUCUCGUUUCAGUGCUUCUUCGGGGGGAGGAGGUGGUAGGGGUGCACCUCAGCACUAUCCCAAGACUGUCGCCAACAGCGAGUUCCUGGGGAAAACCCCAGGGCAAAGCGCUCAGAGAUGGGUUCCUUCACGAAGCACUAGACGAGAUGCCAACUCCAGCAACGAAAAAGAGAGACACGAUGCAAUCUUCAGGAAAGUGAGGGGCAUACUCAACAAACUCACGCCUGAGAAGUUUGACAAGCUAUGCCUUGAGCUCCUGAAUGUGGGCGUAGAUUCAAAACUCGUCCUUAAAGGAGUCAUCUUGCUGAUUGUAGACAAAGCCCUAGAAGAGCCCAAGUAUAGCUCGCUCUAUGCUCAGCUAUGUCUGCGCUUGGCAGAGGACGCACCAAACUUUGACGGCCCUUCAACUGAGAUCCAAACAUCCCAAAAGCAGAGCACAACCUUCAGGAGACUGCUGAUUUCCAAGCUUCAAGAUGAAUUUGAAAACCGCGCCAGAAAUGUUGAAAUCUAUGACAAACAUGACAACCCUCUUACUUCUGAGGAGGAGGAGCAGCAUGCCAUCGCCAAGAUCAAAAUGCUUGGCAACAUUAAAUUCAUCGGGGAACUUGGCAAACUGGACCUCAUUCAUGAAUCUAUCCUUCAUAAGUGCAUCAAAACACUUUUGGAAAAGAAGAAGAGGGUCCAGCUUAAGGAUAUGGGGGAGGAUCUGGAAUGCCUCUGUCAGAUAAUGAGAACAGUGGGGCCGAGACUCGACCAUGAGAAAGCAAAGUCUUUAAUGGAUCAGUACUUUGGCCGUAUGCGAUCCUUAAUGAACAACAAGGAGUUGCCUGCUAGGAUCCGCUUCCUGCUGCAAGACACGGUGGAACUGCGUGAAAACAACUGGGUCCCUCGUAAGGCUUUCAUUGACAACGGACCAAAGACGAUCAACCAGAUCCGUCAGGAUGCAGUGAAGGACUUGGGCGUUUUCAUACCGGCACCCAUGUCUCAGGGGAUGAGGAUGGACUUCUUCCUGGAAAGCCCCUUCUUGCCGAACAGAAUGAAACUGGACAGGGAAUCCCUUGGAGGUUUGGCUGAUAUGUUUGGACAGAUGCCAGGUAGUGGGAUUGGAACUGGUCCAGGGGUCAUUCAGGACAGGUUUUCGCCCACCAUGGGGCGCCAUCGCACCAACCCGCUAUUCAACGGCCACAGCAGCCACAUCGCCCCUCCUCCGCAGUCACAGUUUGAUAUGGGGCCUAAGUCCUUUGUCAAGUCCAGUCAGGUGCAGAACCAGCAUUUUCUUAGCCAGAACCAGAACCACACGACCCAGCAGCAGGUGCAGUCCAAGGACAUGCCUCCACGCUUCAGCAAGAAAGGACAGCUAAAUGCCGAUGAGAUCAGCCUCAGGCCUGCACAGUCAUUCCUGCUUAACAAGAACCAGGUGCCCAAGCUCCAACCCCAAAUCCCGACAAUGAUGCCUCCCAGCGCUCAGCCGCCUCGCACUCAAACCCCCCCCCUCGGACAGCCUCCCCAGCUUGGCCUGAAGACCAACCCUCCACCCAUUCAAGAGAAACCUCCGAAGACCAACAAGAAACCGCCUCCUGCCAAGGAGGAACUCCUGAAAAUGACGGAGGGAAUCAUGACCGAGUACCUGAACUCCAAGAACCUGACUGAGGCUGUGAUCAGCGUGCGAGACAUGAAGGCGCCGAAGCAUUUCCUGCCAGAGAUGCUGAGUAAGAUCGUCUUCUUUUCCUUGGACCGCUCUGAUGAGGAUAAGGAGCAUGUCAGCACCUUAAUUCACACUCUCCGCACUGAGGGGCUCAUCUCUGGAGAGAACUUCAUGCAGGCUUUCCUCCAUGUCCUGGACCAGUGCCCGAAGAUCGAGGUGGACGUGCCCCUGGUGAAGUCCUACCUGGCCCAGUUUGCAGGCCGGGCCAUCAUCGCGGAGUUGGUGAGCCUAGCGGAGCUAGCUCACCCACUGGAGAACGGCACCCACUUCCCCCUCUUCCUGCUCUGCCUGCAGCAGGUGGCUAAGUUAAAAGACCGCGAGUGGCUCACUGACCUCUUCCAGCAGAGCAAGGUCAACAUGCAGAGGAUGCUUCCAGAAAUCGACCAAAACAAGGACCGCAUGCUGGAGAUUCUUGAGGGAAAGGGCCUGAGCUUCCUGUUUCCGCUGCUGAAGCUGGAGAAAGAGCUGCUGAAGCAAAUAACGGCAGACCCGUCUCCACAGUCCAUCUACAAGUGGAUCAAGGACAAUAUCUCCCCCAAGCUGCACACUGACAAAGGUUUCGUCAACAUCCUCAUGACAAGUUUCCUGCAGUACAUCCACCAGGAGCUGUGCAUGGCGGAGGGUGACGACCCGCUGACGGCCCCCUCCAAAGAGCAGCUGGAGCAGGAGAAGAAUCUGCUGCUGGCCUUCAAGCCCGUCAUGCAGAAGUUCCUGCACGACCACACUGAGCUGCAGGUCAGCGCCCUCUACGCUUUGCAAGUGCACUGCAACGCCAGUGGCUUCCCCAAAGGCAUGCUGCUGCGCUACUUUGUCCACUUCUACGACAUGGAGAUCAUUGAAGAAGAAGCCUUCCUGGCAUGGAAAGAAGACAUCGCGCAAGAAUUCCCUGGAAAAGGAAAAGCAUUGUUCCAGGUAAACCAGUGGCUCACCUGGCUGGAGACGGCAGAGGAGGAGGAGUCGGACGACGACGCAGACUGAGAAACCCGCCAUGUUUAGCUUGACCUCUUCCUGGAUUUAGGCUUUCUGUUGAUCACCCUGAAGUUAACCACUCGAGUGGCUGCUGGCGCUCUAACCUAAAGCUUACGUGUAGAACCUCGUGUGUGUGUGUGUGUGUGUGUGUGUGUGUGUGUGUGUGGACGGCAGAGGGGGAGCAGUCGCCUCCGAGCUCUUCAUCAAUGUCAUGAAUUUGUGAAAUGUAGAGUAGUUAAAGUGUUUUUCUUCGAACUCCAGGUUUGUUUGCGUUGUCAUGUUGAUGCAUGUGCUUCCCCCCCUUCAGCGGGUUGGGGCGGGUGUGCCCCCUCCCCUCCCCGGUAGAGGACCGACUCAUUUCGGAGAGGAUCCUCAUUCAAAGUAGUCCCAGCAUGUAGGCGCCAACGAGAACACGUGCUUCACGCUUUUGAGCGUUUUCUCCCCCCAAACUUGAAGAAGGUCCUGCCUCCAGCUGCUGGCAGGUCAGAACAUGUAAGGAAAAGGCCGAAAAUGAAGCAUUAACCUGUGAAACCUUCACAACAAAUGUGUUGAACCACAGUUUUCUUUCUGGUCACGCUGAGCAUCUUGGUCAUCUCCUCCUCAUUACGAGUCGUUGCAAUAAUCCUUCGUUGUUACAAUAUUUAGAAGACGUGUGGUGGAUGUGCUUCACAGACGCCGUGUUUCUACCUCUGACACGGGCUGUUUAGGCUUCCUGCUGUGAGGAACAGAGAAUUGAAGGCUAUUCAACCGCCAUGGUCAAGUUGUGUUGUUGUUUUUUCCCUUUUCCAGCAUGAAAGCAAGACGUUUUUAGGGAGGCUUCUGGUUGUUUGCAAGUAGGACAACAUCCAGCAGAUUCUUGCAGAAAUGCACCAAUGAAAUUGCUGUUGUUCUAAAUUUGGACCAAUUAUUGUCCUGGCUUCAGAAAAUAAGAUGAUUGAUCAUGAGAUGAAGUGUACAUCAAAAAGCCUGUAACUGAUCCUGAAUUGAAUAAACAUUUGACCCUAAACCUGUGUGUUUGGAUAAGACAGUGGAUUUUCCUGAUUUCUGUUCACCUCUUGCUUAAAUGUCAAUAAAGUCCAACACAUGAGCA